ACUGACGGAAGAUGACUGUGCAGUUGCAUAGGUGACUUAUGCCCGGCUUACGACGGGCUUUUGGAAAUAAUUUUCUGCCCAUGCUGUCCUAAUAUUUUCUUUCACGAUGGCUGACUCAAAUAAGCCAUCAGCAGUUCCCAUUUACAUUUCAAUUAUCUUGUUUGUUUGCUUUGUUUACGGGAUAUAUGAUUAUCUCACCGGUUUUGAAGAAAACGGUUGUGCGUUGACAUACAUGUAUGAAUACCCACAAUUCGUGAGAAUUCAGCUGCCUCAGAACAUCUCCCAGAAGUAUCCUCGCUACAAGCUGUAUGCUUAUGGCGAGGGAGUCUACACUGAGCAGCUACGAGAUGGCAAAUUCAAUGGUGUGCCAGUUCUCUUCAUUCCUGGCAAUGGAGGAUCUUACAAGCAGGCGCGCUCGCUGGCGUCGGUGGCGUACCGUCAGGCGGUCGACUCUCGUCUGCGCACCCCGCUCAACGUGUUCACCGUGGACCUGGCGGAGGACCUGGGCGCCGUCCACGGCCGGCUGCUGGCCGAACAGACCCGCUUUGUGGCCGCCUGCGUGCGGGCCGUGCUGCGGCUGUACGGCAGGGCCGCCGGGCCGCCGCCCGCCUCCGUGGCCCUGGUCGGACACUCCAUGGGCGGUGUGGUGGCUCGCGGCCUGUUCGCGCUGCCCGGGUUUGACCCCGCCUCUGUCAAUGUGCUCCUCCUGCUGGCGGCGCCCAUCGCCGAGCCGCCGCUCAGAGUCGACCUGGCGAUGGUGCGCUACUACGGCUGGGUGGAGUCGUUCUGGGCAGCGCGGCGCAACACCACCCUCUCGGCCGUGACCGUGGUCUCGCUGUCCGGGGGAGACAGGGACGUCCAGAUUCGACCACACCAGACGCAGCACCCCAGCUCCGACAUCACAGCCGUGACGGUCUCCGUUCCGGGCGUGUGGGCGUCGGCCGACCACCAGUGCAUCGUCUGGUGCCGCCAGCUGGUGCUGGUGCUGGCGCGCGCCCUGUUCGACCUGGUGAGCGCCGACACCCGCCAGAUCACCACCGACCCGGCCGCCGCGCGCGCAGUCCUCCGGCACCACUUUGUGCAGCGUACCCACGGAAAGCACUACCGGAACGCCUUCCACCCGGCCACUGUCCCGCUGGACCCGGCCGGCGAGUGGAAACAGUUCGCCCUACGACAGUGGAGCUACACGGCAGCGCGCGGCGAGUCUGGCCGUCCCACAUACCUGAUGAUCGGCCUGAUGAACAACCCGCUAUACCAGCGCGCCACAAUCAGCACGGUGAACCUGCCCAGCCGCGACUGGCUGGUGGCCUGUGUGGCCAGCAAGGUGGAUAAGGGAGUCAGGAUGUGUGAGGAGGGUGACAACCUGAGCCGGCUGGCGGAGCAGGUGCCGUCCCUCCAGGGCCGCCGUCGCUCCGUCUCUCUGGACCUGGAGCGGCUCCACCAGCGGGGCUACACACACGUGGUGGUGAUCGUGCGGCCCGCCGCAGAACAGGUGACGGUGGACUGUGACGUCAGUCGCCACAGCGACCGUCAGCUGACGGCCGACGUUCCCGCGUUCAGCUCGUUUCGCGCCUUCUUCAGUCAGCAGCAGCUGCUGGCCGAGACCCAGGCGGGCGCACUCAGCUACAACGUCUCGCUGAAGUCCCUGACGGAGCCGUGGCAGGCGGUGCGUCUGUACCUCCGUCCCACGGCCGCCUGCGGUCUCAGCAGCCAGUCGGGUCUCUCGUUCCACGUGCCGUGGGGCCAGCAGACCCAGCACGUACUGACCAGCGGUACUACAGUAGCCAGUGUGGCGGCCAAGCUGCAGUUUCCCCGGCCGGUGAACCUGAGCGCGGACGUCCUGCCGUACGUGACGGCCCACCUGGAUCCCACCUGUCGCUACUCAAUCAGCCUGCAGAGCUCGUUCCCGGAGCUGUGGGGCCAGAUGGCGCGCUAUUUCGGCGCGCUGCUCGUGCCGGCCGUGCUGUCGGUGACGCUGGUCACGCUGGCCGAGCAGCUGCGCGCCGCAGACGCCGGACAGACGCUCACCACGCACGGCGCGCUACUCCGGCUGACGCCGCUCAAACUGGUGAUGCCGUCUCAGCUGCUGACCUCGCUACUCGGCUGGUCGUUCCUGUCGUCUCGCCUGCCGCCGGCCGACCUGCCGCAGCUGGCCGCCCGCGGUCUCAGCUGCUCCGUUCUGCCCUUCCUGCUGUACUUUGUGUCGUGGGCGGUGGUGUGGCUGCUGUCACUGGUCGGAUGGGCGGCCGUGGCCUUCGUCGGUGGACUGGUGCACCGCGUCACCGGCAGACUGGUGUCCCGCGCGGUGGGCGGCUCCGAGGCGGUGGCCGAGGUGGCCGUUGCCGGCGCCGCCCGGUUCCCGGUCAUCCUCUCGGUGGCUCUCUCCGCGCUGGCGCUCUCCUCCUGCGGAGAGAUCGCCCUCGGACUCGGACUGAUCGUCACCUGCGUCAAGGUGUUCCAGAGUUACGAGGAGGUUCUAUCGGGCGGCGGCCGGCCGGCGGCGCUCAAGGCGUACACGUCGGUGACGCUGGCUCUGGUCUGGCUCUGGGUCACCCUGUUCCACCUGCCCUGCCUGCUCGUCUGGUCCAGGACGCGCAGUGAGAGCACCCAGCUGCCGGAGGAUCCCAGUCUGGUGGCGGCGCUGGUGCUCUGUAACAGCGGGGCAGUCCUCUGGCGAGACGCAGCGCCCCGUCUCGACCUGGCCGGUUACCGCGCUGUGGCCGCUGUGGUGCACACGGCCGCCGUGGCCGUCUACCUGUUCGGUCUGCUGAACGUAUACCGGGCCGGCUGGCUGGCGGCCGCCGCCGUCCUGGCCGUGGCCGUCCACCAGCUGACGGCGCCCGUCAGAGAGAUACCGGCCGAGCCGGACACCGGGGCAGAGCAGGAGGCGCCGGAGGGAGAGCAGGAGGCGCCGGAGGGAGAGCAGACUCAGGAGCAGGAGGCAGAGCUGCAGCAGCAGGACGACGCGGCCGGCGGUGACGGCGACUCCGGCCCGGAGGACGCCGCUGACGAGCAGCCGUGUCCGGCCGACUCUGCCGACUCUGCUGACUCGGCUCCGGCCGGCGGACCGGGCGGGGACGGGGUGCGGCGCCGCUGACUGGCGCGACUCCAACCUGCCGCCGACCCAGGCGGGGAGCGGUGAGCUGCCCCUGACCGGGCGGGGAGCUGUCCCUCACCCAGGCGGUGAGCUGUCCUUCACCCAGGCGGCGCAGCUACCCAGUCCCUUACUGCGGUCCGGCCGAGUAUAGCCCCGCCCUGUCCCAUAUCACAGCCAUGUGGAGCGCUGCCCGGGUCUGCGCUGUUUGUUUGUACCCACUGAUGCGCCGUGUGUGUGUGUGUGUGUGCGUGUGUUACUUAGUAGUGAUUGCCGUGUGAUCUGUGCACGCCCGCCGGUCCAGUCAGCCGUCUGUGAUCAGAUCCAACCAGAGCUAAUGGGUGCGAGGUGGGGCCGGCGGCAGCUGAUCCGUCGUUAGAUGUGCCGUGUCGUUAGUACACCCACCCCGUGUUGAGGCACAUAUCUAUCAUUGCUGAGCCCUCGGGCGGCACCCAGGAGCGGACUGGCGGACACUCUGCUGUGGGGCCGAGAUGCCCCGCCGUCCUGGUGAGCGCGAGUCGUGAGCGACGGGCGGUAGCCCGUAUAGUCGACUACAGAAUGAUGUUCCACUCCUCAGAAGCUAUCAGUUGACCGGAGCGCUAAGUUGUGCCGUUUAUCACGCAAUUCAGCGUGUCAAUUGUGAGCGUUGGGACAAAGCUAUAAUUUAUGAACUCAGCCCGUGUGAUGCGGCACAGCCUACCACUCCAGGCAAAUAAUUGCCUGCGAAAAGUGGAACAUCAUUCUGUAGUCGACUAUACAUUACAAUUUCCCCAAAGACACAACGUCGGUAACAAAUGUUGGUAACAAACGCCUGAUGGCAACAAUCAUAGUAUUACAAUCUCGCCCCCGCGGUAUCACACAAUAUGACAGACUGUAUCACCUGUUUGUUAUAUGUUGGCCGAUGAUGGGGUUUCAGUCCUAGUGAUCCCUUUGUGUUCGAUCAAUACACAUAUCAGACCCGAACCCCAGCAA